AGAAAUUUAACUAAAUAUCCUAAAUUUAUUUAUAUAUGAUAUUUUUCUAACAAAAAUAAAUAAAUCUUAACAAUAAGAUUUCAUGUGUUGAACAAAAAAAAAAAUCAUGUAAAAGCCAAAUACAUUUAUAUUAUGCAAUUAUUGUUUUUUUUACCAUAUUCAAUCUAUGCCAUAUUUUAUAGUAAAAACAAAACACAAAACUAAAAUAUAAUACAUUAAAUGAAUAUUAUAUUAGCUCAUUUAAUUUAGUCACAUAAAAUAUUUCAAGAAUACAAACCUUUUAAAUAUAAAAUUAAAAAAAAUUGUAAUAAUUCAUAUAAAACUAAUGUUUAAAAUUAAAUUAUUAAUAUGAUCUUAUAUUUUUAAAUAAAUAAAUAAAAUAACUGGUGAAUAUGAGUAGUAAAAUUUCAUAAAAAUAAAUUUCAAUAUAUAUAAAAUUUUCAAAAAAAAAUUUUUUACAGAAAUAAAAAAUGUAUUAUAUUUUAAAGAUUAUUUUCUUAAAACAUAUAUAUAUCUGCACGGAUGGUUCAACUCUAGUUACAGAAAUUAAACUAAUCAUGAUAUAACAAGUUAUUUUCUACCCAAAGCUUUAAUAAAAUUAACUGAGAUUGAAUUAAGCAGGAUUUUAAGUAUGUUUAAUUACAAAAUUUAUAAAUAAUGAACUGUAAAAUAGUUUAUUCUUAUCUAAAAUGAUUUUGUUAGUUAAUAAAAUAAACAAAAACAAAGUUAUUGUAACUGGCCAAACUGGCGGAGCCAACCAGACUUUUUAGAGGGGUCAAUUAUAUAAUAAACAUAUAACAUAUGGAUCAAUAGCUAAAAUUUAUAACAUUUUCUUAGUUAUUAAUUUCAAAAUACAUGUAAAAUUUUUCUUUUUCAAAAAUCCACAAGCUACCUCCACCACUGGCCCAAACAUGAAACAAACAUAUGAAAACAAUGAGUUAAAAAAAAAAAGAGGGCUCUAAACAAUGACUUAAAAAUGAAUAAACAAACAAACAAACAAAGAUAGCGAAACACAAAUUGGAUUGCAGUUUUAUAGAGAUGAAAUCAUAAAUAAUGCAAUGAAUUUUAUGUAAUUCUGGUUGAUGGUGUUUGAUAAUAAACUAACGAUGAUCAUGUGGAACACAUGCAUUUGUUUCUUUUUGUCAAUAACAAAGAAUUCAAAUGGGAACAUAACACUAGUGUAAAAGCCCUUUCUCAAAAAGAAAAAAAACAUAACACUAGUGCAUUUUAUUUUAUUUUUACUGAUGUUUCUUAUAAAUAUUUUUUUUACUUUUUGUCUAACUAUUAGCUUGUGAUACAAUCACGUUAUUUCUUACCAAUACCCUUCAACUACUACGAGGAUACGAUUCUUCUCUAGAUAUACUUGGCUUUUUAACGUGUGGUACAAUGCAACCCAUUUAUUACUUAGUUUACGUUACGUUCUAGUUCAUUAAGUCCUUUACUACUUCGAUUUUCUUGUGUUCUAGUUAACCUUUUGUCAAAACGUUUCUGUAAGCUCAAUUUUUAGUGGGUUUUGGUGUUCCAAAGUCAUACCGUCUGUGUCAUCAUACCAAACGAACCCUGACGUAUAAGAACAUUACUGCAUUAUGAGGAUUCCUUUAAUACUCUUCUGGAACCUGGUUGUCAAUGUUUGUAUUAUUAUUACAUCAGCUUGACUAAAAGGAAGAAACAUGCUGACAUCAGUUACAACUCCAUCAACAAAAACGGACAACGUCAUCAACGAUCAUUGUCGGUCCCGCACACCAAAAGACCAAGAGAGUAUUAUAUUAACGAUAACUUACUGACCACAAGAAGGAAAACACACAGAAACCACUUGAAUACUCGGUAGUCAUCUCAAGAUCCAGAUUAGGAUAACGUUCUUGCCCUCCUGUGUACGAAGCAGCCUUCGCGAGAGAAUCUUGAAAUAGGUUAAAGAACAAACAUAUGGAGACCAAAGACUUGGACACGUACAGCGAGCGCAAAGCUUUCGACGAAACAAAAGAAGGCGUGAAAGGCCUCGUCGAUGCUCACAUCACCGAGAUUCCUCGUAUAUUCCGCGUCCCCGAAGGCACCUUAUCCGACAAGAAACCUUCUGUUUCCGCCUCGGAUCCCACCAUCCCUAUCAUCGACUUUGCGGACGUCCACGUCUCGCGUGAGCAUAUCGUUGAGAAGAUCAAAGACGCUGCGGGGAACUGGGGUUUUUUCCAGGUGAUCAACCACGGUGUUCCUUUAACCGUUCUUGCAGAGAUUCAAGAAGGAGUUCGAAGGUUCUUUGAGCAAGAUCUAGAGGUUAAGAAAUCUUACUUCACUCGUGACGCCGCCAAGAGAUUUGUCUAUAAUAGUAACUUUGAUCUGUAUAGCUCUUCUUUAUGUGUUGGCUGGAGAGAUAGCUUCGCUUGUUACAUGGCUCCUGAUCCUCCUAACCCUGAAGAGCUCCCUGUGGUUUGCAGGGAUGCUAUGAUCGAACACACGAAGCAUAUGACGAGCUUAGGUGUUCUGCUCUUUGAACUCUUGUCGGAAGCUCUUGGUCUUAGCUCUGAUAAGCUUAAGAGCAUGGAUUGUAUGAAGGGUUUCCUUAUGAUAUGCCAUUACUACCCUCCCUGUCCUCAACCUGACUUAACCAUCGGCACAAAUAACCAUUCAGACAACUCUUUCCUCACGAUUCUUCUUCAAGACCAAGUCGGUGGCCUUCAGAUUCAUCAUCAAGACCAUUGGGUCGAUGUCACGCCUAUUCCCGGGGCUCUUGUUAUCAACAUAGGAGAUUUCUUGCAGCUUAUAACCAACGACAACUUCAUAAGCGCAGAGCAUAGGGUGCUUUCCAACAGAAAUGAAACGAGGAUUUCAGUAGCGAGCUUUUUCAGCACGAGUAUGCUUCCAAAUGCAACUGUUUAUGGACCAAUCAAAGAGCUUCUCUCUGAAGAAAACCCUCCAAAAUACAGAGAGUUUACUUUAGAAGAGUAUACAAAAGGAUACUUUAAGAAGGGCCUUGAUGGAACAUCUUAUCUGUCCAAUUUCAAGUUAUGACAAAGAAUAAUACAAAAC